GUAAGGAUCAGCGGUUACCCACGUUUCAACAGUUGUGCAGGCGCGUUGGCGCAACUGCGUUUAUUCACUGUCUCGGAUGUCUCCGGGGACAGGCGGGCUGCGGGAAGCUCCCCGUAGAGCCGCCGGGACUGCCAUGUCCGCGGGCGGCGAGGACCAGUAACAGGAGAGGCCCAAGAAGGGAAACACCUGCCCCCCUCCUCGAGUGUGAACGCUGCUGUAUCUUUCCGAAACCGUUGCCUGCUGCAGUUGCAGCUCUGUUCAAUCACUCGAUCUUGCUGCAUGAGCGUUGCGCGACCGCGACGCACCAUCUCCGUGCGAAGUAGUGUGCGUGCGCGGCCCGUCCAUCCGUGCUCUGAGGCUGGACCUUGGCCUCGAGGCGGACAGGAUCAAAAUCAUAACUUUUCUCCCUCUCCCUUCACCCUGCCCCCUCCUCAAGUGUGAACGCUGCUGUAUAUUUCAGAAACCGUUGCCUGCUGCAGAUGCAGCACUGCUCAAUCAUUCGAUCUUGCUGCAUGAGCGUUGCGCGACCGCGACGCACCAUCUCCGUGCGAAGUAGUGUGCAUGCGCGGCCGGUCCAUCCGUGCUCUGAGGCUGGACCUUGGCCUCGAGGCGGACAGGAUCAAAAUCAUCACCUUUCUCCCUUUCCCUUCACUCCUCGAGUGUGAACGCUACUGCAUCUCUCCGAAACCGUUGCCCUCUGCAGAUGCAGCACUGCUCAAUCAUUCGAUCUUGCUGCAUGAGCGUUGCGCGACCGCGACGCACCAUCUCCGUGCGAAGAAGUGUGCGUGCGCGGCUCAUCCGUGCUCUGAGGCUGGACCUUGGCCUCGAGGCGGACAGUAUCAAAAUCAUCACUUUUCUCCCUCUCCUUUCAUCCUGCCCCCUCAAGUGUGAACGCUGCUGUAUCUUUCAGAAACCGUUGCCUGCUGCAGUUGCAGCACUGUUCAAUCAUUCGAUCUUGCUGCAUGAGCGUUGCGCGACCGCGACGCACCAUCUCCGUGCGAAGUAGUGUGCGUGCGCGGCUCAUCCGUGCUUUGAGGCUGGACCGUGGCCUCGAGGCGGACAGGAUCAAUAUCAAAAAAAC